AUGUUCCUGCCGCAAACAUUGGUGCUCAGCACCCUAUUCCUCUCUGCUCUCUCAUCCCCAACCCGUCCAGACCAGCAGCAGCAGCAGCAGCGGCACGAACAAGAAGCAGCACCAACACAUGGCCCAGCUAGGCUAGAAGAAUUCCAGGCCCUCCUCGCCGAGGUAGACGAAUCCUCUAUCCACUCCGCUCUCCACCUCUGGUCCUCCAAGUUCAAAGACGGCGUCUUCUCCCACGACCGCAAAACCCCGCCCCUGGCCACCUCACUCCUCCACAUCGCCAAACGCCAAAGCAACAACAACACCACCACCGCUCCCAGCAGUCCAGAGCCUUCUACCGCUUCACCAACCGAGUCAGACUCGCCAACUUCCCAGUCAGACUCGCCAUCUCCAUCUUCAGAUUCCCCAUCCUCCCCAUCCGCAACAGAAGAAACCCAAUCCCCCGCCCCUCCCCCCCAGACAUCCGACGGCGUCAUCCUCCCUGUCUCCUCCCGCACUACCGCAACGCGCGCCCCAACCACGCAAGCCGUGCCCGUUUCGACCCCACCCUCUGCAACCCCCAUCGCAACCACCGACGGCCGAGUCGUGUUUUCCGUUUCCGCCGCAGCCGGAAGCAGUGGCAACAGCGGCAACAGCGGCAGCAGUAGCGGUACCGUGGCAGGUGGCCUAGUGACCGUUGAAGCAUCCUCAGAACUCGUCUCCUUCUCCCCGUCUAGCUCGACGGUUCUAUCCACCUUCACACUGCCGGACGGGCGUCUCAGCACACAAACCUCAGUAACGGUGGUCGAUGCGCCCGUCACAGGCGGCGGUUUGGGGGCGCACCAGCCGCGACCGGUACCGGUGGAGGCAGCAAUCCCAGUUUACAAGAGGGCGUGGCAAGCGCGACCAGAGGCGUAUGGAAGGAGGUCGUGGCUGUGGUUGGCGGCGCGGUGGUGA